AUGUCCGAUCAAGAAGCCCUCCAGCCGACCAAGUCGAGCAAGACUCCAUCGAGUCAACCCGCUGCCUACUCAGUCGAGCAGAACAAACAGAGAAGUCGAGCACUCAAUCAGAAGCUCGAUUUUGCGUUGCUUCCACUUCUUUCACUUCUAUAUCUGUUCAAUGGUCUAGAUCGUGGCAAUGUUGGCAAUGCCGAAACCCAAGACAUAGGGGCUGAGCCGGAUGAUUUGAAUGAAGCGGUCUCUCUAUUCUUUGUUACUUUUGUUGUCUUGCAACCCAUUUCUGCCGCAGCUGGUCGUUAUAUUGGUGCUAAGCAUUGGAUCCCCUUUUUAAUGUUUGGCUGGGGUGCAGUGACAAUUGGUCAAGCUUUCAUCAAAGGACGUGGGGCACUUAUCACCACACGUUUGCUCAUUGGUGCCUUUGAAGCGGGCUUCUACCCCACGGCCGUUGCGUAUUUGUCGUUCUUCUACCCACGUUACGACUUUUGUGUUAGACUCGCUCUAUUUUACGGACAGUAUGCCAUCGCUGGAGCCUUCUCUGGCUCAAUUUCAUACGGCAUCUUUCAUCUCCGUGGCGGUGGCCUCAAGAACUGGCAAUAUCUCUUCCUCAUCGAGGGAGCACUGACAUGCUUCUUUGCUAUCAUUGCUUGGCUGUGGCUACCUAAAGGUCCUGGCUCUGCUUGGUUUCUUCGUCCAGAUGAACGAGAGUUUGCUGUCGAACGUAUGAAGCAAGACAACGCCGAGUUUGUACAACAUGAGUACAGCGAAGAUGGUAUCGAAGAGAACCGUUUGAGCAAGAGAGAUUUCGUGGAAACGAUGAAAGACUGGAAGCUGUGGACCGUCCUACUGCUCAAUAUCUGCGCGAGUGUCCCCAGCGGUGCCUUCUCAGUUUUCCUGCCCCUUGUUGUUCAGGGGCUGGGUUACGAGUCUAUUCUUGCCAACCUGAUGACAGUUCCGCCCUUCGUCUGUGGUGCUCUUGGCCUUUACGCCUUUGCUCUAAGUUCGGAUCACUACAAGGAACGGGGAUAUCACAUAUUGGGUGGUUUGGUGAUUGGUAUCAUUGGCCUGAUCCUUACUGUUACAAUCUCCUCGAGCACUGGGCAGUACGUUUCACUUUGUGUACUUCUAUCCGGCGUAUACAUUUCGGCUCCUCUCACUAUGGCAUGGCUCAGUGGCAAUACGCCUGAGCCUGGCAAGCGAGCUCUUGUGCUUGGCGUCAAUGGGUUCGGUAACCUUGGAGGCGUGAUCGGGGCGCAGUUGUACCGACAGCGAUACAAGCCCCAUUACAGAUUUCCAUUUUACGUCACGCUGGGCUUCCUUGCCAUCGCCUUAGUCGGAUAUUUGUCCUAUCGAUUCAUGCUUGCAGCAGUCAACAAACGCAAGCAGGCGAUAUUGAGCACAAUGUCACCAGAGGAGAUCGAGAGUGAGAGACUCAAUGACCGCCGAUACGCAGACAAGAAGUUGACUUUCAUGUAUGGACUGUGA